CGCGUAUUGAGACAUCCAUAUUAUCUAAAUUGUUUAAGUACCAGACGCGUAUCGAGCUUUCAGCCGUGAUCGAUACAGGAGUGAUUAGCCAUAUCUCUUUGCGAAGCUGACUCGGUAUUGCUUUUCCUUACAUUAACAUUACGAGCUGGCGCACUUCCAUUGAAACAGACUCUUUCGCGGCUUUAAGUGCAAGGUACGUAUUUACUAGGGAAUGUAGGCACUUGCCCUCUCUCCCUAAGGGAAGAAUAAGCCAACAGCCUAUGACCUUACCUUGAAAAUGAGUCGCUACCUGACCCCCUCAAAGGUCGCGCUGUUGUGCGUGAUCUCGGUCUAUGUUGAAGGAACCGUCCCCAAUUCCUCCGCUAUACCAGUUCUCUCAUUUGUUGUCUCCAACCUGUUUCCUCCAGACCAUACAGAAAAUGGUCCAUUCAAAUGGGAUAUGCAUCAUGCUGUGUCGAUCGAUCAAUUCUACGAGGCGUUAUCAGCCCAUGUAUCUUCGAUACCUGGUCGCUCAGUCUGGGAUAUUUUCCUCAAGAAGAUAUGGUCAAUAGACAGCUGCGAUGCUCUACAGAGCUAUUUCGAAAAUAUAUCUUCGAUGCUCGUCAAGACGCGAGAGGAGCAGCUUCGCGAUAGAGAUGAUGGUAUCGCUCCAGAAACGGGCCGGAUGCUGCUCUCACGGUCAUCGCCUCUAGGCGUAUUUGUGAGAAGAGCUCAAUUGGAAUUCACAAGGCUUCAAUUCCAUGACUCAGUGAAUUUAUGGAAGGGGUUUAUCAAGUAUCGCCUGGAAACAUACCGCGCGUGGGCUAGGAAGAACCCGUCAGCUGAGCAGACGGCUGUUGAUAUCAAUCUUCUGGAGCUAGGACUUGCUCCCAGCAGCCCACUGGCGCAGGUGAUGUACGAUAACAUCAUGGAAGGAUCGGAAGAUGAUAUAAUUGUCAGUACGAAAGAUGUAGAAAGACUGUUAGAGUUCCAAGUUGGGGAAUUGCAAAGACUUGGAGGACGAGUGCCUGACGAAGUGAAAGUUCAACUUGAACGUAUAAUCUCGUCCGGGGUUACCAUUCCAAGUCUAUCUCAUUACCUCCGAUUUCUCGACUCCUGGAGGGCAGGGGACUAUUUAUCUGCUUUCGACAAUCUUCACCGUUACUUCGACUAUACAAUGCACAGUCAUGAUCGCAGCUUUUAUCAGUACGCAUUGCUAAACCUUGCUAUCCUACAGGCAGACUUCUCUUGUUACAGCGAAGCUAUAUCUGCGAUGCAGGAGGCUAUCUCCAUUGCGCGAGAAUCGCACGACAUGAACUGUUUAAAUUUCUGCAUGAGCUGGCUUUAUCACUUUGGAAAAGCAUUCCCGCAGGAGAUGGCGGGUGUCCAGAAUGCCGGCCGCCUUGGGACAGAAAAAGAGGGCCUAGCCUUCCUGAAGGCGAAGGCAAAGGAGACGGAAAUGUGGAGCCUUUUGAGCACAACACUUCUGAGUGAAGCAAAACUGCAGGCUCAACGGGGCGAAGGGCUUGCAUUGGCUUUUGAGAAUAUUGUCAAGGCCUCCCAUCUUAACGUAACGAAGCACUUGAAGAACUCGAUGGGUCCUUUAUUGUUGCUCCAGAUUUCACUGUUCGCUAGGAUAGGUCUCACACAUCUAUCGUGGAUACAGUGUGAGGUUUUCCGUGAAUGUUACGCGGAUAAGGCUUUACUUGAGGACUUGCUUAGGAGCAUCUUCCGAAGCUGUCAGAUACUCGCACAAAAAGGUUGUUAUAAGGAGGCCAUAGCACGCGUCAAUGAGAUCUCGCCAGAGAUACUUCGCUCAAUGAAAGCAAACCAGCAUUGGAUAUAUCUCUCAGGUAUCCUAGAAUUGAAGAGACAACUACAUAGAAACAACAUAGAAUCUGCUGAGAGUUUGUUGUCACAACUUCAAUCCAUCCAGCUCCCCGAUGUGGACAUAUCCAGCAAUCUUACUCUUCUCGAAAUCGAACUCAGCGGCCGGAAGGGAGAAUACGGACACACCUUACAGUUAGUUGAAGAUGCUGCGCAGCCUUCACAAGAGGAAAAUUUCGACAUAGUUUCGCAAGUCAAGUUGCUAUGCCUGAAAGUCCAAUUUCUGAUCAAAAUGGGCCAGCCGCAUCGUGGGUUAUCGUUAGCCGUUAGAGCGACCAGCAUCGCACACCGAUCGAGAGUGUUGGCUGGCCUCUGGGAAGCGCUUUGUGCUCUCGCAAGCGUACUCCUCCACCUGGAGGAAUUCGAAGCAUGCGCUGAAAUAGUGGAAAGCAUUAUGCCACAGAUCCUUGAAGUUGAAGAUAGUGAUCUAGCCGCGCGUUCCUAUUCGCUCCUAGCAGACGCGAACAUGGGACUUGCAGGAAAACUGUUGAAAGAUGGAAACGGAGACCCAGCUGGGAAAGAUUAUAUGACCCGUGCCCUCGAAUAUCUCCACAGCGCUUGUGAUGGCUUCGAGGAUAUCGAGAACCUGACUGGGCAAUGCGAGACGGUGGCGAAGAAAGCGACAAUCAUGCACCUGUCUGGAGAUCUCUUGUUGGCGAAUGAUUACGCUGCGAAGUAUCUGGAUCUUAGAAAGCAAAGCGGUGAUACAGCAUAACAGACUUCAUUGCUAGCAAUUGCUACAAAUGCUACAAAUGCGAUUCUAUAUCGCAGCUCUAAUGUGAUUCAGCUUAAAUAACGCGAAACGUUUCUCAGAUUUAUCAUAUUCCUAUAUCACCCGAUACCAAGUCAGUCCUGGAUAAUGUCUUUCCAAUUUUCUCAAGUUCAACUAUUUUAAGAAUCACCCACAGCUUCUUCUUUCAUUAAAUCUUUCUGAACCCCAGUAUUCAAUGCCUGGUUGCCUCCACUGACUCUUCAUCUUCGAUCUCACUUAUCGCUCAAGAGCCAGGGUGACUGUCGUCAGAAUCUCUUCCCCCUCUCUUUAUGU